AUGAAAGCAUUUUAUAUACAUAUUCUAUUAGUCACUCUAAUUUCGUUAUGUGCAGAAGGACGAAUUUCUGGAAGCAGCAGUUCUUCAAGGUCUGUUAGUGGUCCAAUCAUUGCAGCUAUUGUCUUAUCGUCGGUUUUUGGCUUCGUCAUUAUCAUGAUACUUGUUAUCUAUUGCAACAAAAAAUUUAAUAAAAGAAUGGGUAUUUUGCCUAUGCAAAGUAAUGUACCUGUAUAUGGACAAGGGAAUCCAUAUGCACCUCCUUCCUAUAAUAGAUUACCACCUUAUGGGCAACCGCCAGCUUACCCACAACCAUCACCUUAUCCCUCACCAUUCUAUCAAGAAAACCAACAAAAAGUAUGA